AUGGAGUGUAAAAAAGGUGGCUUUAUACACGCGCGCCACGACCAAAUGAGAAAUCUGGAAGCUGCUCUCCUCUCUGAAAUCUGCAAUGAUGUUUCUAUCGAGCCACCUUUACCACCGGUGACAGGAGAAGAAUUUGCCUUGAGAUCAACAAACACAGAAGAUGAAUCACGACUUGAUGUGAAAGCUGGGGGUUUCUAUAGACAUGGCCAAAGUGCAUUUUUUGACAUAAGAGUAGCACAUCUUAACGCCGCGUCCUAUAAGUUACUACCAACCCACAAGAUCCUCUCACGUCAUGAGAAUGAGAAGAAAAGAGAAUAUAAUCGAAGAGUAAUUGAAAUUGAGCAAGCAGUUUUUACACCAUUG